UUUAUUUAUUUGUUUACUUUAUUUUAUUUUAUUUUUUUUCCCUCAUUACAUACAUAUCUCAUGCAAAUAGAAAUAUCUCAAGCAGUUGACUUUAUAGGUCGACUUUUACAUUCCAAAGUAGAUUCAGACAUGAUUACCAAUUUUAAAACGCAACUAGCUGAGUUAUUAAAGCAGCGAUUUUCAGCUCAUUGGGAUCCACAUAAACCUUACCAAGGGAAUGCUUAUAGAGCCAUUUCUAAUUUCAAUGAUGAGUACGAUCCUAUACUAGUAGAAGCUUGUAUUAAAACGGCAUGCUCUGCCAAGCUAAUUCAUGCCUAUUUACCUCGUGACUUUAUUUUAUGGAUUGACCCUGAUUCUGUUGCUUAUCGAGUUGGAUUUCAUGGAAAUAUCAUGACACUUUACGAUAAAAAGAAACAAUCUAAAACAGUUUCCUUAUUUCAAUAUAUACAACCCAUUACUACGACUAAACCUAUUCGUAUCUCUCCACCUAAUAGUCCUAAAAAGAAUAAAAAGAAAAAAACAGCGAUGGUUGUGGCUAAUUAAAUAAUACUAUUUAUACAAUAAAAUAACAUAUUGUUACACGUAUCAUCCCUACUAGGCGGAAUUUUUUUUUUUUUGUACCUGAAAUUAAAGUAGAU